GGUUGUGCUGUUGUAGAGCCCGGAGAUUGAAAUAAUUAGGACGCUGUCCGCAGUCGUCCGUGGUCUUCCCUUCCAGCAGCAAAAGAACGCCCCCGCGACAUGAAGGCUGCUCUAUCUGCCGGCCACUUGGCCGUGGCGUUGCUGUCGUUGACGCCGGCGGUCUCUGCGUUAGGAUGGCCAAGAUGGCUUCCAGAACUCGAUACGCUGGUGGUUCGACAGGAUGAUUCUCAAGAUGGUACGUACCAUCGCAGCGACACCCUUUAUGUGUAUGUGCAUGCAUGCUCGUCUAACACGCAUUCUGCAGAUUCUUCUUCUCCGACGCCGACGCCCACACCUUCCAAGUCCGCGUCCGAUAACAGCGACGAUGAAGGGUCGUCGACGACCUCCCGGGACACGUCAGACCCUAUUUCGACAAAUCUCAACACGGGUGGUAUUACGUCGGGGACCCGCACCGCCAAGGAGACGGGCAAGAGCACACGCUCGAGUGCACCCAAGAAGACCGAGUUCGACCCGCAGGACCCUGUCGGCAGCGUGGUUAUGGUGACGCCCGCGGCGACGGAUGGCUACCAGCUAUACAAGAUUGGCGACUACGUGACGUGGGGGUGGAACUACACAGACGUGCAGGCCACGCCGACGGGCAUCGACCUCUACCUCAAGUGCAGCAAGGUGCCACAGCCGUGGACGCUGACACAGAACAUGUCGUACAGCACGGUUGGCUCGUACACGUGGGACACGGAGCAGUUCCAGAAGAGCCAUGUGGCCGACCCGCUCUUGACGGAGCAAUACACGCUGGUGAUUGCCGAUGCCGACGGCGGCAUCAGUGCGACGCCCGAGCCGGGAUAUCUCGCUCCCUUCUCGGGCUUUAUGUUUGGUCUGUACGAGCCGCAACCGUAUUCCGAUACCGGUGACGGAUGGCAGUGUGCGUCGUGCAACGGCGCCACAUCCGGGCUGGACAACCGCGCGGUGGGCGUCGCCGUCGUGAUGAGCGUUGUGACAGUCCUCAGCUUCACUUGGUUUGUUACCGGUUUCGGAGCGUUUUUUUAAACGGAGCUCCGGAAGUGGUGAAAGAGGUGGAAAGCAAUAUGUGGAAAGGGGUGGGGAUGGUGGCGGUGGUGGGGACAGCGGAUAUAUGCCUUGUAAUGUGUUUUUUCUCUUCUUGGGACGGCAUACGGUCGUCUUGUUUCGGUCAACUUGUUACACUAAUACGGAGUGCAAAGAGCGGAAAGGGCGUUGGAUCGAGUACUGUUCAGCAUUUUGUUCGGG